AUGAGUCGCCACGGUGAUUUUGAUGCGGUCCGUAAGGAUAUCGCCGCUCAGCUCCAGAAGCCCGGAUAUGAUGAUGGAAGCGCAGGUCCGGUUUUUGUGCGUCUAGCAUGGCAUUCUUCUGGCACGUACGAUGCUGAAACCGAUACCGGUGGUUCGAAUGGCGCCGGUAUGCGCUACGAGGCAGAGGGUGGCGAUCCAGCUAAUGCUGGUCUCCAGCAUGGUCGUGCGUUCCUCGAGCCGAUCAAGGAGAAGCACCCGUGGAUCACCUACUCCGAUCUGUGGACAUUGGCGGGUGUCGUUGCGAUCAAAGAACUGGGUGGUCCCGAUAUUCCCUGGCAGGGCGGCCGAACCGAUCUGGUCGAUGACUCCAAGGUGCCUCCCCGUGGACGCCUUCCUGAUGGGGCAUUGGGUGCCGAUCAUCUGCGAUUCAUUUUCAACCGCAUGGGCUUCAACGAUCAAGAAAUUGUCGCCUUGGCUGGAGGCCAUAACCUCGGCCGCUGCCACGGUGACCGCAGCGGAUUCGAAGGCCCCUGGGUAACGAACCCCACUCGCUUUUCCAACUCCUUCUUCAAGCUCCUGUUGCAGCUGGACUGGAAGCCACGCAAGCUGGCCACGGGGAUGACCCAGUUCGUGUAUGAAGACCCAGACGCCGAGGAGGACGAGGAGCCCCUGAUGAUGCUACCCACCGACAUGGCACUGAAGACCGACCCCGGCUUCCUGCCUUGGGUCCAGCGAUACGCCGAGGACAAGGAACUGUUCUUUGACCACUUUGCCAAAGUUUUCGCCAAGUUGGUUGAGCUGGGCAUCAAGCGCGAUGCCGAGGGCAACGUGAUCAACACGGAUAACCAGCUGGGCGGCUACCUUUCUGCUCCCAAGAAGAGCAAUGUGCCCACGGGUUCAGCCAAGGAUCAGCCUCGUGCUCGUUUGUAA